GAUCUUCAACUCUUCUUCAGGUAACUCCGUCUUCCCGUCGUUGCAACUCAGCUCACGGUCAAGCAAGCUGUUAUUUCACUUAGUUCAGAGCUUUGCUGAAUUUUGCGGUAAACGGAGUAGCCGCGGCGGCAACGGAGUUGAGAGAUGGAGGAAGUAUUAGUCGCAUUACUUUCGAUGUUCCUUGUUUUGGCUUUAAUACCGCUGUAUCUGUGGAAACGUCGGCAGAGUUCUCAAUCCCCCGAGGAGCAUGAAGAAGAUACUCAGGUUAGGCAGAGGGAUGCUGUUGUUAGGGCAACUGGAACACGGCGCAUGCGUAGGAGACCAGCUGCUUCAGCUGCCAGCUCAUCUUCAGCAGCUGCUGCUAUAGAAGAAAGUGCUGAUGAAAGUGAUGAUGAAGCUUCUGGAGAUGGAUACUAUGCUGCCAAAGUAUCAACGAAGAAGGAAAAGAAGCGUCAAGAACGGGAAGCACAGAGACAGGCUGAAGAAGCUGCUCGUGAAUCAAGGCAGACAAAACAAAGCCGUUAUGAUGAUUUGAGGAGGAGAAAAGAGGAGGAGCGUGAGGCUAAAGAACGUGCCUUAGAGGAAGAAGCUAAAGCUCGUCAGGCAAAAGAGGAAGAAGCUGCUGCACUUGAGUUUGAAAAAUGGAAGGAUGCAUUUUCAGUCGAUGCUGAAGGCACUACUGAAAGUGAUGUACAAGAAGAAGGCCAGGGCUUGCUUUAUGAUUUUGUGGAAUACAUCAAGAAGCACAAAUGUGUUCCACUGGAGGAUCUUGCUGCAGAAUUCAAGCUGAGGACCCAGGAGUGCAUCAAUCGGAUUAACUCACUGGAAGAGAUGGGGAGACUUUCGGGUGUGAUGGACGACAGAGGGAAGUACAUAUACAUCUCACUGGAAGAAAUGAAAGCCGUGGCAGACUAUAUAAAGCGCGAGGGCAGGGUUAGCAUCUCACAUCUCGCUAGUAAAUCUAACCAGUUCAUAGACUUGGAGCCAAAAGCGCAGUUUGUUGAGGACAUUGGCAGCGUAGAGGAGAUAGCUGUUGCCUGAUAUUCUGCGUAACUAAUCUUACAAACAUCAGAAUCAGUGCAGUUUGAUCAAUCAGGAGAUUAAAGAGUUCUCUAUAGUUUCUUCUCUCUUUUGAGUCUUUUCUUUUGUUUCCCAGGUGAUGAAAGUUGAAACCAAAUCUAUCUAUCACUCUAUGGAUCAGUAGCUGAGUUGAAAGGAUCCAAUUUUGACUGUAUAUCAUUCACAGGAAAGUUAAUCAGUCGAUGGAUCGGAUAUGUGUAUAGUUGAUCUACUAAUGGCUGUUAUAUAUAGAACGAAAAUUACUUAAUUAAACUUGUAGGUGUGGUGUCUUUAACUC